AUGCAGACGAUCUUUACGUGCGUUCGGCCACGACGUGCCGAGAUGCCCCUAAGCGCGAUACCUGAGACGUCCUCUGAGUGCUCGGCGGACACAGCCGACUCAGAGUCGUUCAAAGGCACCGAUCUUUCGCUGAACACACGACAGUGCUCCGGCGACACCUGGAACUCAGGCAAGAGUGGAAAGAGCUGCGAUUCCACGCGCAGCAAGACUGACCGAAUCAUCAAGGAGCAUCGGAAGAAGCUCUUGAAAGAAGGAGUGGCCAUUGCCAAGUUCCUGGAGAAGAACGGUUUCAAAAGGGUCGAUGUGAACUGCCCGAAGCCUGUGCUGUGGUGCCUGAGGGGCACUUAUCCACUGCACGAGGCUGUGAGCCAGAACAACGCAGCGAUGGUAUCCCUGUUGCUGCGCUAUGGCGCAGACCCUACGGCAAAGGACACAUUGGGCUACACCGCUUACCAGAGGGCCAAGGCGGCUGGGUACCACGAGGUGGUUCGUGAGUUCCAAGGACAUCACCACUGCAGCGACAAGACUGCACGUGGAGCUGCCCUGUCCGUCCUAGAGAGGCUCUCCCCGCCAGGAUUCGAGGACUUCUUUGCAGCACUCGAGCGGGAUCCGCUCGUCCGUCGACGACUGGUUGGGCUGGCAGAGAAGUGA